AUGAGUAUCUCGGAAAAAGAUCUUAGAGUGCUUCUUUCUCAACUUGUAAUUUCUCUUCCUGUAGAAAAUUUCGAAGGGGAAGGGCUUUCUGACGAUUUCAAAGAACCUGUUCGCCUUUUGCUCCAGGGCCAAUAUCCAGAAGUGCUUAAAAGAUACUCGGAUCUCCUUUUUAGUCCGAAAGCAAAAGACUCUUUACACGUUUACCCUAAAAAUGAUUUAUUAGCAGUAUUGAAAGAUUAUGUCAACGUUAUAGACGAAAACUUCACCGAAAAGUGCCAUCUGGAAGAACUUGCAAACUUCCAUUUGCAUCUUGUUGCAAUUGCGUUUUUACAAACCUUCAUUCAAAUUAAUUUCACUGGGCCAGCUCUUGAGCACAAUUCAAGUGAAGAAUUCUUCCCUGGUGUAGACGUAAAGAUGAUACAGCUAGAAUCCAUUCAGAUUUUGAACAUCUCAGGUCAACAAACGUACGAAUUAAUGGAGGGUGCUAUUUACUUUAUCGUUGCUGAGUUGAUAUUUGAGAGGCUAACGAAGGUAACUUCAUCAAUACUUGAUAGUGAGUUGAAGACAGAUGAAUUGAUCGACUACUACAGUAAUAAUAAUAACUGCUCAGCUGAAACUUCGAACUCGGCAGCUUUAAAGGCUUCAGUGCAAUGGUGGAUGGCCAGAGCUCUCCAGGUUCACAUCUCGCUUCUCUUUGAACCUGCCAGUAUUUUAUCAUCUGUAUCGUCCUUGUUGUUAAAUCCUUCAGUAUCUAACUGUUUGUCCCCAGCUAUAGAUGGAAACGCAGAAUUACAGAGGACUGUUCAAAUGAUCUACUAUUUGGAAUGUGCCAGAACUGGUAUUCAUAACCAGACUGAGCAUUUAUCCAUCCCAUUGCUUGGAAAGGCCCGUAAGCUUUCUAAUUUCCAGUUCAUUUUGUCUGGUGCAAAGGCAAAGAGAACCAAGUUCCAAAAAUAUCACACUUCUGCCUUAAUUGUGUUAGCAAAGAGCCAAGAAUCAAAGUUGUUUAGUGUCACGAGAACUGAGGAAGACGGAAAGGAAAACCCUGAAAGCUUUGCUUUGGACUCAGACUUGUUAUUGGAAAAACCACAAUAUGAAUCCUUGGAGGAUCUUGAAUUCAAGGAAGAAGAUUCUGACAAGAAAAGGAUCAAGCUUGACAGUUUUGCAGAUGAUGGCCUGCAAAGUGCAGCUAGUGAUAGUGAAGAAAAGCUCCUACCAAUAGCAUUCAGAACUGAGAAUAUCCCAGAAGAAUUAAGAAGUUUGGAUCCAAAUAACCAACCAGGACUCUCAGAUUUAGAUAACUUACAGCUUCUUUUGAGAUUAACUACUUUGAGGCAGACAUCUCCAUCCGGAAACUCCAUGGUGGAUGAAGAAUUAAUUGCUUUAGUUAGUAGAGCGUUGUACACUAGUUCCAAACAGACUAAUUGGUCUAUCUUUUCUAGAGCAUUAUGGGAAAGAUCUAUAUUAGAAACCACUAAAGCACGUACAAUUGAAAGAGGUAUAUUGCAAAUGACAUCAUUAGUGGAAGAAAUGGGCAUUAAAAUUAAAACAAGAAUUAUCCCCCAAGCCAUGGAAGAUGAAUCUGCAAAUAACAGUACUGGAUCAUUGCCAGCCUCCUUCAGACUAAGAUUUAUUCAUCAAUUACCAUUGAUGCCUCAGUGGACGAUGGAUGCUAAAUUGGCAGAAAAGUAUAUGAGUUUGGGUGUAUUAAGAUCUGCAGUUGAGAUUUAUUUAAGAUUGAAUAUGGUUUGUGAAGCUGCAUUGUGUUAUGCAGCAGUUGGUGAAGAGGGUGAAGCUGAAAAGUUAAUAUUGGAAAGAUUGGAAGUGAAUCCAAAGGAUGCAAGAGCUAUUUCAAUUCUUGGAGAUAUAAGACAAGAUCCUUCAAUGUGGGAAAAGGCGUGGGAAGUCGGCAAAUAUUACAAGGCACAAGGCUCCUUAUCGCAUUAUUACUAUAAUCCUCCCAGAGAUUCUGGUUUGAAACCAAACAUUGAGUUAGCAAUUAAGCAUAUGAACGUAUGUUUGACUGCAAAUCCUUUGAAUUAUGAAAAUUGGUUCUUCUAUGGAUGCUGUGGAUUGGAGAGUCAGCAAUACAACUUAGCAUCUGAAGCUUUCACAAGGUGUGUCUCAUUGGACGAGACAAAUUCUCAUGCUUGGUCUAAUUUGGCAUCUGCUUUAUUAAGAACAGACAAAACCAGACCAGCGUUCAAUGCUUUAAAGAAGGCUAUCAGGUGUCAAGGUGAUUCUAAACAAUCUUGGAGAAUUUAUGAAAAUUACUUGAUUGUUGCUGCUAAAUUGAAUGAGUGGAGUGAUGUGUUAAUUGCUUGUAGGGAGUUAAUCAAUAUUAAGAGGGACAAUUCAGGUGAAGGUUCCAUAGAUAUACCAGUGGUGGAAAAGCUUGUUGAUAUAUUGGUCGCAACAGAAUAUCCAACUGGCGACGAUCAAACAUUGACUUACUAUCAGUCAUCAUGUAUUGACUUUGUAUGUGUAUUACUUCCUAAUGUCAUUACUACGUCUGCUAGAUGCUGGAGGAUUGUGGCUAAGGUUGAAUUAUGGAGGAAAAGGCCAUGGGUUGCGCUAGAGUGCCAUGAAAAGGCAUUCAGAGCUGUCACUCACAGACCGGAGUUGGAAAUUGACGAAGUUGCAUGGAAUGAAGCUGUUGAAGCUUGUUCUGAUUUGAUUGCAGCAUACGAAUCACUUGGUGAACUCCCUGGUAAACAUGGUGCUGGAGACGUCGUUUGUAAAGAUUGGAAAUACAAAUCUAGAUCAACAGUAAGAUCAUUAUUGUCCAAGGGAAAAGCUAUGUGGGAAGACUCAGAGGGGUGGGAAAGAUUACAGGAAAUGAAAGAGGAAUUCAAAAACUAA